AAAGCCAUCUGUACCUACGUAAAGGCGAGGCGCAAGACGUACGUUGCGGCAUCUGUUUCCUCGAAAUGUCCUCCAAACAUAGCAAUCACCGACAGCCACUAUAUCAGACGGAGAUUCAGCAGAUGAUGUAUGUUUUUGGAGAAGUCACCGAGCCGCUUGAGGAAACGACGUUGUUAAUUGAGGAGAUUGUGCGAUCGCAAAUGAUUGAAAUUAUAGUACGAGCUGUGCAGCAAGCAGCAAAGCGCAAUUCUCGGUUCCUCAUUGCUGAAGAUUUGAUAUUCUUGAUUCGCCACGAUCGCCAAAAAGUCAAUACCCUCCGAACAUUUCUUACAUACAAGGACGCCCAAAAGUCUGCCAAGAAGAACCCUGCUCCUGUGGAACAGAUUGCGGAUGAUGAGGGGUUGGACGACUCUGGAGGAACCGGCAUGGUGCGGAAGAAAAUCAAGUUCUCCUGGGACAUAAUAAAUCACUACAGCUCUGUGCUUGAAGAUGACGAUGACGACAUUGUAGAUGAAGAUGAGCAGCAGGCGUACGAAUACCAAAUUGCGCGUUUAAAGACAGCUGACGAGGUCACCCGCACAAUGACAAAGGAAGAAUACAUGUAUUAUUCAGAAUGUCGGCAAGCAUCUUUUACAUAUAAAAAAUUGGCGCGGUUUCGAAAAUGGUGUGAAAUGGGAACAUACUAUGAAAACAAACCCAUUGCAGAAGUCAUAGACAUUCUUGGCUUCCUCGCAUAUGAAAUGGUAUCAAAGCUAACGGAAACUGGACUCAAAAUCAAAAAAGAAUGGGACGAACGAAAAAUGGAUGAAAAGGAAAAAGCGAAGCGAGUUCAGGAGAAGAAGAAUGUAGGGUUGUUUGCAAAGCCUACACAUGAGCAGAAGCCCUUGCAUCCUGUACAUAUUCACGAGGCAUUUCGACGACUCCAGAAAAUGUCGCAACCGAUGAGUAACUUUAGAGGUGGAUUAGUACGAACGAAUUUGGCGCUUAUAUAGAUAGAGUUGCAUGCAUGAAAUUAAUAUUUUUGUAUAUACAAGCAGGCCGCAUUGCAGGCAAUACACUCGCU